GUAACCGACGAGCGUGGCAUGCCGAUACUGGCAGAAGGGCUGCCUCGAAAAAUCGCUGACCCAUUCGACUACGGCGGCGGGAACAUCAAUCCUGGCGGCGCGGCCGAUCCCGGUCUGGUCUAUGACAUCGAUCCCCGCGACUACAACAAAUUCUUCGGGUGCACCAUCAUCAGGAGGGCAAACGUGAGUUGUGAUGCGACAACGUUACCGGCAUAUCACCUGAACCUGCCCUCCAUCGCGAUCCCUGAGCUGAGGCAUCCAAUCACCGUGUGGAGGACAGUGACAAACGUCGGCGAGGUCAACUCCGUGUACCACGCAGAAGUCCAAAGCCCAGCUGGAGUCAAGAUGGAGAUUGAGCCGCCGGUGCUCGUGUUCAACGCCAUGAACAAAGUUCAUACGUUUAAGGUGAAAUUCUCGCCUAUGUGGAAGCUGCAAGGGGACUACACCUUCGGCAGCAUUACGUGGCAUAAGGAACAGAAGGCUGUGAGGAUUCCUGUUGCAGCCCGAAUUACAAUUCAGGACUUUUAUGCAGAUGUUGCAUAAAUAACUCGAGGUGCAACUUAAGUACACGAAAUUCUGCUCUUGAUUUGUACUAUAAUGAAUAACAACAGUAA